AUGAAGAAUUUUUCAUUUCCUAUGCAGGAUAACACACCUCAGACGGAGAGUCCUUCUCCUCACAGAUUCCUGAGUUUGACAAAUCAGUCAGAUCCUGUUGGAAGACCAGAAAGAGAUGAGCAAUUAGCUCAAGUAGAGAUCGCUGUACUGGGGGUCAUAUUUCUGACGGCGUCUGUGGGCAACUUUAUUCUCAUACUGGUGCUGUGGCGAAGAAGAAAGAAGCUUUCUAGGAUGUAUGUGUUCAUGCUUCACCUCAGCAUCGCGGACUUAGUGGUAGCCUUUUUUCAAGUGCUGCCUCAACUUAUAUGGGAUAUUACAGACGUUUUCAUAGGGCCAGAUUUCUUGUGCAGAAUUAUCAAGUAUCUACAAUUGCUGGGCAUGUUCGCCUCUACUUAUAUGAUAGUGGUCAUGACAGUGGACAGAUAUCAAGCAGUUUGCUACCCUAUGGUCACUUUCCAAAAGAAGAGAGCUCUCUGGAACAUCCCCAUUUGCACCAGCUGGUCUGUAUCACUGAUUCUUAGCCUACCACAGGUAUUUAUAUUUUCUAAGACUGAAAUAUCUCCAGGUGUCUUUGAAUGUUGGGGUGAAUUUAUUCAGCCAUGGGGCCCAAGGGCAUACGUGACUUGGAUUUUUGUAGUUAUAUUCUUCAUUCCCUCAGUUAUCCUUAUCACGUGCCAGGUUAAGAUUUGCAAAAUAAUCAGAAGAAAUAUAUAUGUGAAAAACCAGAAUGAAUAUGAAGUAACAAAUCUGAAGCAAGUCCUGCCAUCCCGAGCAAGCAGCGUGAACUGUAUUUCAAAGGCUAUGAUCAAGACUGUAAAAAUGACAGUGGUGACAGUUGUUGCGUAUGUUCUCUGUUGGUCACCUUUCUUCAUUGCACAGCUGUGGUCUGUGUGGUUCCCCAGUGUCGUGACUGAAGGUUCGGCAUUCACCAUUAUCAUGCUCCUUGGCAAUUUAAAUAGUUGCACCAACCCAUGGAUUUACAUGUAUUUUUGUGGCCACAUUCCGUAUUGCACAAAUAAGCAGCUGGAGAACACCUCGGCUCAAGAGGAAUCGGUGAUCACAGGGAGCAUUCAUCUCGCAGACAGAGACCCUGAGGAAAACAGUACUUCUGCAUAA